CGAGGACCGUGUGAAACUGAGGCCGGGGCUCGGGGGCGGGCGGGGCCAGGGGUGUCGGUGGGCGCGCGGAGGCCGGGAGCCCGCACACGCCUCCUCGCGCCUCGGCCGCCGCUCCGCGCGCUGCGGCUGCCAUGGGGGUCGCGGGCCGCUGUCGGCCUGGGGCGGCCCGAGCGCUGCUGCUGCUGCUGCUGCUGCUGCCGCCUCCGCUGCUGGUCGCCGCCGUCCGGGGCCGCGCUGACCGGCCGCUGGAGGAUGUGGACGAGUGCGCUCAGCGGCUAGACGACUGCCAUGUUGAUGCGCUGUGUCAGAACACACCCACGUCCUACAAGUGCUCUUGCAAGCCUGGCUACAAAGGGGAGGGCAGGCAGUGUGAUGACGUGGAUGAGUGUGACAAUGAGCUAAAUGGAGGCUGUGUUCACGACUGCUUAAAUAUUCCAGGCAACUAUCGCUGUACCUGUUUCGAUGGCUUCAGGUUGGCUCAUGACGGUCAUAAUUGUCUUGACGUGGACGAGUGCAUGGAGAACAAUGGUGGCUGUCAACACACCUGCCUCAACGUCCUGGGGAGCUAUGAGUGUGGCUGCCAAGAAGGUUUCUUUCUGAGUGACAAUCAGCACACUUGCAUUCACCGCUCGGAAGAGGGCCUGAGCUGUAUGAACAAGGACCAUGGCUGUAGUCACAUCUGCAAGGAGGCCCCCAGGGGGAGCAUUGCCUGUGAAUGCAGGCCUGGUUUUGAGCUGGCUAAGAACCAGAGAGACUGCAUCUUGACUUGUAACCAUGGAAACGGUGGGUGUCAGCACUUGUGUGAAGAUACAGCUGAAGGCCCCGUGUGUAGCUGCCAUCCACGGUACAGGUUGCAUGCUGAUGGGAGGAGCUGUCUGGAGAAAGAGGGCACCAUCCUGGAGGGGACAGAGAGCAACGCCACAUUAGUGGCCGACGGAGAUAAACGGGUGAAGAGACGGCUGCUCAUGGAAACGUGUGCCGUCAACAACGGAGGCUGUGAUCGCACCUGCAGGGACACAUCCACAGGGGUUCACUGCAGUUGUCCCAUUGGGUUCACCCUCCAGUUGGACGGGAAGACGUGUAAAGAUAUCGAUGAGUGCCAGACCCGGAAUGGAGGUUGUAACCAUUUCUGCAAAAACACCGUGGGCAGUUUUGACUGCAGCUGCAGAAAAGGAUUUAAAUUAUUAACAGAUGAGAAGUCUUGCCAAGAUGUGGAUGAAUGCUCUUUGGAAAGAACCUGUGACCACAGCUGCAUCAACCACCCUGGUACAUUUGUUUGUGCCUGCAACAGAGGCUACACACUCUAUGGCUUCACCCACUGUGGAGACACCAACGAGUGCAGUGUCAGCAAUGGAGGCUGCCAGCAAGUUUGCGUCAACACCGUGGGUGGCUACGAGUGCCAGUGUCAUCCAGGGUACAAGCUCCACUGGAAUAAAAAAGACUGCGUGGAAGUGAAGGGCUUCCUGCCCACCAGCACGACGCCCAGUGUGUCCCUGCACUGUGGUAAGAGUGGUGGAGGAGACAGCUGCAUCCUAAGAUGUCACUCUGGCGUCCACCUCUCUUCAGGACUGCAAGAGGCCUACUCUGUCACCUGCGGCUCUUCCUCUUCUCUCAGAAGCAGACAGCAAAAAUCAAACGACUCUGAUUUUGGGGAUGCCAUCACCGUCAGGACAAGUGUAACCUUUAAGCUAAAUGAAGGCAAGUGUAGUCUGCAAAAGGUCAAGCUGUCUCCCGAGGACCCGCGACCAGCGCUACCAGAGAGGCACAGCUCAGUAAGAGAGAGCUUCCAGUACGCAAACCUUACAUGCAGCUCUGGCAAGCAAGUCCCAGGAGCCCUUGGCCUCCCGAGUGCCCCUAAGGAAAUGUUUAUCACGGUUGAGCUUGAACGGGAAACUUACAAAAAGGAGGUGACAGCCUCCUGCAAUCUGAGCUGCCUGGUAAAGCAGACUGAGAAGCGACUACGGAAAGCCAUCCGCACGCUCAAGAAGGCUGCCCACAGGGAGCAGUUUCACCUGCAGCUCUCGGGCAUGGACCUCAACGUGGCUAAAAAGUCCCUCCGAGCGUCCGAACAGCGGGAGGAGACCUGUGGAGUGGGGCAGAGUCAAGAGGAAAACCAGUGUGUCAGGUGCAGGGCUGGGACGCAUUAUGAUGGAUUACAAGAAAGCUGCAUUUUCUGUCCAAAUAGAACCUUCCAAAAUGAGGAAGGACGAGUCACUUGUGAGCCAUACCCAAGACCAGGAAACCUUGGGGCCCUAAAAAUCCCAGAAGCCUGGAAUGUGUCUGAAUGUGGCGGUCUAUGCCAACCAGGGGAAUAUUCAGCAGAUGGAUUUGCCCCUUGCCAACUUUGUGCCCUGGGCACCUUUCAGCCUGAUGUGGGCCGCACAUCGUGCCUCCCAUGUGGAGGAGGUCUUCCCACUAAACAUCUGGGAGCCACUUCCUUCCAGGAUUGCGAAACCAGAGUUCAGUGUUCGCCUGGGCAUUUCUACAACACCACCACACACCGAUGUAUCCGCUGCCCACUGGGGACAUACCAGCCUGACUUCGGAAAAAAUAACUGUGUUUCCUGCCCGGGGAACACUACCACGGACUUUGAUGGCUCUACCAACAUAACGCAGUGUAAAAACAGGAAGUGUGGAGGGGAGCUGGGGGAUUUCACAGGGUAUAUUGAGUCCCCAAACUACCCUGGGAACUACCCUGCCAAUUCGGAGUGCACCUGGACCAUCAACCCACCGCCUAAACGCCGUAUCCUGAUCGUGGUCCCCGAGAUCUUCCUGCCCAUAGAAGAUGACUGUGGCGACUACCUGGUGAUGCGGAAAACCUCUUCAGCAAAUUCUGUGACCACAUAUGAAACAUGCCAGACCUACGAACGCCCCAUCGCCUUCACCUCCAGGUCAAAGAAGCUGUGGAUUCAGUUCAAGUCCAAUGAAGGGAACAGUGCCCGAGGGUUCCAGGUCCCCUAUGUGACUUACGACGAAGACUACCAGGAACUCAUUGAAGAUAUAGUUCGAGAUGGCAGGCUCUACGCGUCUGAGAACCACCAGGAAAUACUGAAGGAUAAGAAACUGAUCAAGGCUCUGUUUGAUGUCCUGGCACACCCCCAGAACUAUUUCAAGUACACAGCCCAGGAGUCCCGGGAGAUGUUUCCAAGAUCUUUCAUCCGAUUGCUACGUUCCAAAGUGUCAAGGUUUCUGCGGCCUUACAAAUGACUCUUCCCACGUGCCACCCAGAAGAGUGUCCACCGCGGGCAGUGGGCUGAAGCCGUCUACCCUCCACAGGCCUGAGUGUCACCGGGUUGACAGCAUGCCCAGUUCAGCGACUCCUUACAGCUCAGUUUUUAUAGAUAAUACAGAUAUCUGGGGAAGCUGAACUUGGGUUUCUCCCCCAGCUUCAGAUGGACGGCAGAUGGCUUCAAGCAGUACCAACUUCUCACUGUGUGGGCACGUGUCCUGGAGGUGUCAAGGGCUGGCUGAAUGGCCUCCUCUGAUGGUCUGUAGUGCGAAGGAAGCCACAGAAGGGCCACUUUGGCUGCAACUCCACUUCCUCCAAGGCCAGUCCUCUCUCAGGGAGCACCUGUACUCGUGCAGAGGUGACCAGGCCAGACACCCAGGCCAUCUGAGUCACGGGAGGGUUCUGAUCCCCUCAGCCUCUGUGAUGCCCGGUUAAUCCUAAAUACAUGAGUUCUAAGCACUGAUGGUUUAAAACAAAGGCUAGAAAGAAUCAGACAUGAGAAGGCGAGAGCAGCGCUCUGGAGACAUCAGUAGCGCGCACAGCAAGCGCGGAGGGCUGGGCGCAGCGGCCUUCCCCAUGCCUUCAGUCACACUGAGCACUGUGCUCGGGCUUGGAGAAUUCUAGGAUGUGGUCUCGAUGCCUGACAGUUAUCCACCGUCAUCGAAGGGAGAUUUCACCAGGCCAAGGCCAGUACCGCAAGACUCCCUGUGCUAGGAGCCACUGGCCCCAGUGCCUUUCCUUUUCAUUCUCCCCGAGCGAGAGAGUCUGAGAGAAGUGACAUCACGCAGGCCACUGUCAUCCUUUGGUGGUGGGCCACACUCCUGUUCACAGGCCACGGCCGAGUCACUUUGGUCUGUGCAGUGGGACUGCAUAGUGAUCUCCUUCCAAAUAAACUUUUCAAGAUUAUUGAGCUUUUAAACAUUUUAAUCCCCUAUCCCCACCUCCCAGGCAAAAGUCUCACUACAGAGGCUAAAGAAGAGAGCCUAUUGGGCUAGAGAUGUAGCUCAGUAGUAGAGCACUUGCCAAAGACAUGCAAGGCCCUGGACUUGGCCCUCAAUACAACUCCCCCCCCCAAAAAAAAAGAGACCUGUUAAUCAAGCUUUCCUCUCCCUAAUGGAUGGACUGACUAUACACAGCCAUAGGGUUUUGCUCUUUCUGUGGCAAUUAUAGUGCAUAAUUCUGUUUACCAAAGUACUAAAAAAUGUUUAAUAAGCAUUAAAAAGAAAACAAUA